AUGGCACCUUGGUUCAAGAAGUUCAAGUCAAAUGAGCGACCAUGGCUUUUGGAGUUGCGCUCAUCCCAGACAUUUAUUGUGUUUACCGUUUCUCUAUCUAUGUUCACGGACCUUUUCCUCUAUGCUAUGAUUGUCCCCGUCAUGCCAAGAGCGUUGGUCACUCGGGCUGGGAUAUCGUUUGAAGAUCGAGAGUAUUGGAACAGUGUGAUGCUCGUCUCCGAGGCUAUUGCUGCUCUCGCCUGCAGCCCCGUGUUUGGCUACGUGCUAGACAGAUCAGGAACACGUCAGGGCCCGUACCUCUUUGGUUUAGGUCUCCUUUUUGCUUCAAUGGCCGUUUUGACCCUCGCUCGAUCGGUUAUUUGGUAUAUUAUUGCACGAGUGUUACAGGGUGCAGCCACAGCCAUGGUAGCUGUCGCCGGUCUAGCUAUUGUGACGGAUGCAGUUGACAGGAAUCGCCUCGGCCAUAUGAUAGGAUACAUUGGAACAUCUAUGAAUCUCGGUUUUAUGACCGGCCCAAUGCUUGGCGGGUUGGUAUACCAUGUUGGCGGCUACUACUCAGUCUUUGGCAUGGCGUUUGUAAUCGUUGGUCUUGAUUUCUUGUUACGGCUGGCGGUUAUCGAGAAACGAAUAGCCCAAACCUGGCUCGCAUCGGCCAGUACCGAGACUGCAUCUGAAGAGGGCUGGGUUGGGUACGCACCUUAUGGAACUGUUGAUGGAACUCUCAACAAGGGAGUAAGCUCUCAAACAUUUGCGUUUUGGAAGUUGUUGCGGCAGCCUCGAAUUCUGAUCAGCCUGUGGGCUGUGAUUGUUGGAGCCUUGGUAAUUUCUGCAUUUGAUACAGUAGGUGGUUCUGCAAACCCUCCCUUUCGCACCUUCGUUAAUUUCUUCAUAUUCCAGACGCUACCAAUUUUCGUGGAGAAUACUUUCCACUGGAAUGCCUUGGGUGCUGGCAUGAUUUUUUUGCCUACCGCAAGUGCCGCAAUUUUCCAGCCUUUUUUUGGUAGGUUGAUCUAUGUCAAUUGGUCAAGAAGCAGUCCUUCUGACAUCUCAUGUUUCCUCACAGGCUACCUAUGUGAUCGAUUCGGAGCCCGAGUCCUUACUUUCACAAGUUUCACCCUGCUAGCUCCUUCCCUUACCUGCCUGCGGCUAGUCGAGGACAAUACCACGCACCAGAAAGGAAUUCUCUGCGCUAUACUCGUCCUGGUCGGCAUGUGUCUUGAUCUCAGUGAGCCAGCCCUCUUGGUCGAAAUCCAGCGCGUACUAGAUUGCAUGGAAGAGGAUUGUCCGGGUAUUUUUGGUGAAAAGGGCGCCGUUGCCCAAGGCUUUAGUCUAGUAAACAUGGCGCAUUUUGGUGGAUUGGCUCUUGGGCCUAUGCUAGGGGGAUUUAUCGACCACCGCUACGGAUGGAAAGUCAUGACACUUACUCUAGGGAUCUUAUCUGCGGUGACUGCAGUGCCAAUGCUCUGGCUUGAUGGAGGGCCACUUGACGGGGAGUUGGCGCGUGAAGACUCGGAGAGAGAGCCACUGUUGGAGUAA